CGCUUGUGCAGCAGUAGUAGUGUUGCGGUGCGGUGUCACCCCUCCAGAUAUUUCCGAAAUGUCUGCAAUGAACAGAAAGAUGAUACAAACUCUCGCCGAAACCAUCUCAAAGCAAGUGGAGCACUUCAACAAAGACGAAGUGCAGUGCCUCAUCCGAGCGUACAACGUGCUGCUGGGGGAGCAGUCCGUUUCUGGACGAGCAGUGCCCGGCCUGGACAGAGGGAAGUUCAGGAGCAUACUGCACAACAUCUUCGGGAUGACCGACGACAUGAUCAUGGAUGGGGUUUUUAGGACAUUUGACAAAGACAAUGACAGCUUUGUCAGUAUGAAAGAAUGGAUUCAGGGACUGUCUGUAUUCCUUCGAGGGACCUUGGACGAAAAAAUAAAAUACUGCUUUCAUGUGUAUGACUUGAAUGGCGACAACUACGUCUCCAGAGAGGAGAUGUUUCACAUGCUGAAGAACAGCCUCAUUAGACAGCCCACAGAGGAGGACCCUGAUGAAGGAAUCAAAGAUCUUGUGGAGAUCACACUUAAGAAAAUGGACCAUGACCACGAUGGUAGACUAUCUUUCACUGACUUUGAAAAGUCAGUAAGAGAGGAGAAUCUAUUACUUGAGGCUUUUGGAACCUGCCUCCCUGACUCUACGAGUAUUGAGUCAUUUGAGCACCAAGUGUUUAAGGAACAAGUUGAACAAUGAAGACAAUUUGCAUUCAUGUGCAUUUUCAGAUAUGUAGUCUUUAAUAAAAAUGUAAUUUGAUUUUUCAGUGUGACAAUCAAAGCAAGCUGCCAAGAGAUUAUUUUUUUAAAAUGGUGUAGUAGUAAUUUCUGCAUUAAUUCCAGCAUCAAGGCAGCUCUCUACAUCAAAUCCGCCGACGUGGUUUCAUCUUUUUCGCCACUGGUUUGAGGUCAGGAACUGAUUCCACCUGAGAAAGAUAAAAAAAUAAAAUAAAUGACUGACACAAAUAAAGGAUUUAA